CAUUCAGAUCACACUAACACUGACCACUCCUACAGUUGCUUCUUUCUCUCCUCCUUUUCUCUGUACACCGUAUCAAGUUUCAGCUCUUUUCACUUGCUUUUGUUUGAUUGUGGUUAUGAGAUGACUAAUUAUGACUUGUAUUUGUGUGUGCACUGAUUUUUAAUUUCGUCUUUAAUUGCUAUUUUCUCACUGUUAAUUGAUUUCCUUAUACAGUUACAGUUUGGUUAUUGGUGUUCUGCUGUUCAUCUAGGGUUUUUUUGGGUUAAAGGGUUUUGGAUUGUAUGUAUGUAUAUAUGCAUGUAUAAUUUAUAGCUGUUUUUGCGUUGUUGAAUCUUUGGAGCUCAUAUUACUUGGGAAUUUUCAGUGUCAGUGUUGAUAUUUGAUAAACUUGGUAUUUAUUUAAUUUUUUACUUGGGUUUGCUCUGUUUUUAGAAAGUUUCUGCGCUUUCAUUUUUUGUUUCCCGUCCAAAUAACUUAAAUUCAAAAAAUUGUUACCAAAUUUCAGUAUUCUCUGGGUAAAAUUGCUAUUGAAGAAUUCAACAUUUUCCCCUAUAAUAAAUUACAAAACAAAAAACAGAACAGUUUUGCAGUGUUCGGUUAGGUUGCUGAGAAGUUUUUAUGGCCAGAUUUGAAAUCCGGAAUUUGUGGUGUCCUCUGAUCCUAGGUUUUAUACAUUUCCUUGUUGAGUGACUUCCCAAUUCUUUCAGAACUGUAUGGGAAUGAAACUCCGUGCAGUGUCCACUGUUGUUCUGAGCAAGACAACUCUUUCCAAGCCAACAAUUCAUGAAGCAUUAAAGCAGAGAUUAUUUGGGCCAACAGCAAUUUUCAGGACAACCGAAUCCCCAAAUGAUUUUUAAAAUUCUUGAAAGGCAACACUAAUUGUCUGGAGCCAGCAACCUGGGAUGCAGCAACAUCAGCCAAGGCAGCAGACUGGGUUCAAUGACAUGCAGAUGUUACAGCAGCACAUUAUCUUCAAGAAGCUGCAAGAGCUUCAAAGGCAGCCGCAACUUCAGGAGUUGGGUGAUGCAAGACUGCAGAAUUAUAUAAACCAGCUGUCUGCAAUAAAUAAACAGAAUAGUGGGGGUCAAUUUCAACCACUGAUUAAUGGAACACCUGUUCAUGAUGCGUCACAGAUGUUUAUGGUUGGUAAUGUAAACUCGGUGCUGCAUGACGUGCCACCAUCUGUCCCAGAAUUUCCAAAUGGAUUGGUAGGUUCGCAAGCUCGAAGCCAGCCUCUGGGUUCCAUGGGUCUGUUACCCCAGCAGCUUGAUGUGUCACUGUAUGGGUCUCCAAUUCCAAGUGCAAGAUAUAAUUUGAGUCAAUACUCUCAUCUUCAAGGGAUAUCUAAUGAUUCUGCCGAUGUCUUGACCAAGUAUAGUGACAACCUGGCAAAACCAGCAGUACGGUCAUCAGCCUUCAGUAACCCUUUUGCGGGUGAUCACCACAAUGUUCCCUCAGACCAGCUUUGCAUGCCAGAUGGAGCUUUCAUAUCUGAACAGGUCUGUCAGCAGAAAAACUUGUUGGGGCUACCAGAAAACUUUCCGCAGGUGAACUCCCUGCAAAGGAAUGCAUCACAGCAGGAAUUCAGUGGGAGGCAAGAACAUGCUGGUUGGCCUGGACUCUUUCCGGUAAAAACAACACAAAAUGCCCCUUCUCAGCAUUUGGCUACCUUAGAUCCAUUGGAAGAGAAGAUUUUGUUCAAUAUGGAUGACACCAGUUGGGACAAUUCUUUUGGCAGAUGCACUGGCAUGAACACGGGGAACUUUGAGAAUACAUCAGAAUGUACAGAUUAUCUGGGGUCACUUCCGUCUAUUCAAAGUGGGAGUUGGAGCGCUCUUAUGCAAUCUGCUGUUGCAGAAGUUUCUAGUAGCGAUACUGGGUUACAAGAAGAGUGGAGUGGCUUGAGUUUCCAGAACACAGAAAUGUCAACUGAUAAUCAGCCUUCAAGCUUUAUGGACAGUGGAGUACAACAAACUGGUUGGGUUGAUAACAAUGCACAGAGUGUCUCCUCUCUAAGUUCAGAAAGUCUGUUCAAUGAUUCUAAUAUGAGCUCUAUCUUACCUGGUUUUCAGCAAUCAACUAUUCAUUUUCCAAUCAAACAGAGAGAGGUAAUGUGUUCCCAUUCCCCUCAUGAAUCUUUUGAGCAGUCUGUCAAUGAUGCUAGCGAUUGCAACUAUCAACAAGCGCAACCCAUUGAGGGAGGUCAACCGGAUCAAAUACUUCAGCCUUUGGAAAAUGCGUGGCCUGGUCAGAAUAAGCAUUCAAAAAAUGAUACACAUCAACGUAGUAUAUCUUCAUAUACCAGUAGUAACCUAUCCUGCAAUAAACUGAUAGGCGAAAAUGUAGCGUCUUCGUCACCCUAUGGAAACGGUAUGCUGAAUAUUUGUAAUAAAGAUAAUGCAUCCCGGCAUAUCAUCACAGGGCAUGAAUUGACGGAAAAUGCGUGGCAAUAUAGAGGUGAUUCAAGACCUGUGGCAGGGGGUAACCAAACGUUAUCUGGUCAGGUUUCUCUAGCAUCAAGCGGUCACAAGCAAGGAUAUUUUGGACAGUUCAAGUCUGCUGGUAAUGUUUCUAAUGGUAUCAUGGACUUGGAAAAGGGCCACCCACCUGAUGUUCAAAGAAAUUCAAAAGCAUCAGACGAGGUUCCUCCUAUAGGCAACGCUAGAGCUAAUUUAUCUGCUCCCUUUCACAGAUCAGUUGGCUUUUAUGGCUCAAAUACAACUGUUCAGACAAGUCAAAAUAAGCUCAAGCUUCUUCACAAGGAUGACCAUGAAAGGGAACAUAGUACUGUAACACACUUUGGUUCCACUGAUUCUAAUCCAUUAUCUGAGUUGCCAAAAGAAGAAACUCCAGACACUUCUGUUGCUCAACAGUAUAGUCAUCAUUCUGCUUCACAGCGCUUUGGCUUAAGGUUGGCCCAUCCAUCUCAACAGCUGCCAAAUUCCAACAUUUGCUUCUCAUCUCAGACCUCUACACGUCUGGUCACUGCUACAUCUCCAUCAGGUCCUUAUUUAGGAAAUCAACUUCAAAGACAAAACCUGUCAGCUGCACAACCAACAUUGCCUACUAUGGCAAGCAAACUUCCACAUUAUAACUUUACCACCUCUCAAGAUACUUCCCACCCAAUUUGCACCAACCCUUUUGGUCAACAAUUCACAAUUCCAGAGGCUGAGUCAAUCACUCAGCCUUUUGUUAUGUCAGUCGCGUCUCAACAGGUUGGAUUUUCGUCAAGGCCACCCAGUAAAUGGACAAAUGCAUCAACUCAACAGCAUCUAGCCGGCCCAGAACCUGGCAGGGUAUCCUCCAGUUUGUUUUUGUCCACAGGUUCAACAAAUAACAGUCUUGAAACUACUACGUGGGCUCCAAACGAGCUCCAUGAUCAGAAUUUCAGUAGAGUCAGAACUGCAUCUGUGGAAUUUGAUGCAUGUUGUAUGAAUUCACAAGGCACUGAAUGUGGGGAAGAGCAGCAUAGGAAAGAAAGGUCCCACCAGCAAAUUUCAUCAGAGAGGUUUGACCUAUCUUCAAGGAUGGGGGGAUUAUCUCAAGGGCAAGAAUCCAUGGUAAAGCAUGCCUCAGAAGCAAAUUCUAUGGCCUCUUUCUCAUUCAUGGAUCAUUCAAACCAGCAGCACAUUGAUAGGGCUGCUGGUGACGGCCAAUCCCCAGCUUUUUCUGCUAGAGAUCUUGAAGCCUUUGGUCGUUCUCUCAAGCCAUCACAUUUUCUCCAUAAAAAUUACUCCCUGCUGCACCAAGUGCAAUCUGUGAAGAAUGUGGAGACUGAUAAUAGUAACAGGGUUUCUCUGAAAUUUAAUGAAGCUAGUCCUGAUAUGAAUCUCCAGGAUGUAACUGCUGUUGCAGAAAAUCAAUUGAUGUAUGGACAUAAUUUGGGCAUCAACAAUCCGUUGAAUGAUGUUCCGAAUGCGGCAUUACAGCUCAAUUUGUAUCCAACGAGGGAUAUGAACUUCUCAUCAGAGGUGAAAAAACAUCAGUCUGUCAAAGAUUCAUCCCAUCAUCUUCAAGAUACACCUCAGGAGAUGGUCACACUUGUUCAAAGUUAUCCAGAGAGUCAUUCUAGUAGUAGUAAUGUUGUAUCUAACAGAACAGAAUUUCCUCAGAUUACUUUGCAAAUGGCACCAUCUUGGUUUCAGCAUUAUGGAACUUUGGAAAGCAGGCAGAUUUUGCCAAUGUAUGAUGCAAGGGCUGCAAAAAAUGCUGCACAGCAGUUCCCUCUUGGGAAGCCUUUUGGGAAUUUGCACAUGAAUACUUCCGUGGUUAGUGUAAAUGCUGCUGAUGGCAGUCAGAUUGGCACUGUUUGGCCAACUACGGAUAAACGAGCUUCCCCUUAUGUGUUACCUCUGGGAGUCCCUGAUCAAAAUUUGACUAUUGUGAGACCAAAGAAGCGUAAAAUUGCAACAUCUGAGCUUUUACCAUGGCACAAGGAAGUGACUCAAGGUCCUCAAAGGCUUGAAAAUAUCAGCAAGGCAGAAUUAGAAUGGGCGCAAGCUGCUAACCAACUGACUGAGAAGGUGGAAGAUGAGGCUAAAAUGACUGAAGCUGUGCAACCAAUGCUCCGAUCAAAGAAAAGGCUCAUCUUGACAACACAGCUUAUGCAGCAAAUGUUUCGGCCUAUUCCAGCAACCAUUCUCUCAGCAGAGGCAGCUUUGAACUAUGAUACUGUGGCAUACUUUACUGCUAGACUGGCAUUAGGGGAUGCGUGCUGCCUGGUCUCUUGCUCAAGAAGUGAUUCCCACCUAUCUUCUAACCACACUGUCAUGAUUUAUGAAAACCCCAAAGUUCCUGAUAAUAAUUAUGAGCAGAAUUUCUCAAAAACUGUGGGAGACUAUACUGACCGAGCAAAGAAGUUGGAAGCCGUAUUAUUGAGAUUGGACAAGAGAGCGUCAAUUUUAGACUUAAGAAUGGAAAAUCAGGAGCUGGAGAAGUUUUCUUUCUUCAACCGUCUUGCGAAGUUCCACACUCGAGAUCAAGGAAACUCAGGCGCUACUCCAACUGUCCAGAGAACAUUCCCCCAAAGAUAUGUUACUGCACUUCCAAUGCCUAGCACAGUACCGGAGGGAGUACAAUGUCUUUCACUUUGAUCAAUGAUUGACUGAUCCCCCCUCCCCUUCUGCAUCCUCUUCACUCUACUCUGCAUUCCAUAUUCUCAUCCAUGUCUAUCCAUAACUUCUACGUAUAUGCAGAAGAAAGCCAACAAAAGGGGGGCAAAAGAGGGAAUACAGAACAGGUUAAAUUUAACUGAUUUUGGCCGUUCAGUUUUUAUUUUUAUUUUUUUUUGGGUUGGGAUCAAGGCCAGAUGUCAUUUUUGGUGAAGUAUAUACUGUCCUCGUGUAUUUUCAUCCGAAUUAAAGAGAUCUAGGUAUAAAGGCUAAAGAGUAAGUGAGUAGCAAGUACUAAUGACCUCUAUAUUCUGGAAUGCCAUGUUAAUCAACAAGAAUCUGAACAUAGUUGUCGUUGCUAUGGGUUCUUAGGUUCUCUUCUUUUUGCCUUUUAGGGUUAGUGGCAGAUUUGGCAUCUUAAAGAUUAUGGAAUUAGGUGGAUAAACAAAGAAGAUUUUAGAGGUACGUUUUGUUGUAUAUUUCAUAAAUAUGGGCUUUGCCUCCUAACAUGCUUCUGAAGGACCAUGUAGAAACUUGAUAGAAGCUUUUCAUGAAUUUACUAGUAUAUAUAUAUACACAUUUUAUGAGGAUUUGUAAUUUUGUUUAGUAAAACUUUUAUGUGACUUUACACUUUGAAUGUAUUUUGUUCCCCUGGUUACUGUGUAUAUGCUCUUUUAGGCAAGCAUUUUAUUGGGAACAAGAGAUCACUGAAAAAUGUCUAAUAGUACUAUAGACGCUUUUGACACUUCUUCGAGUGUCUUGUUUAUUGAGAAAAAGUACAAGGUUUGGGACA